UCGGACCGGGGCAGAGCGGUGGGGCCGGUGUCGGGGCGGUCGCUGGCGGGUGGUUCCCGACGGGCCCGUUCCUGAGACGCUGUCCCGUGCCUGGAAGCAGUAGCCAUGCCGGAGAGCUGGUCGGUGUUUGAGGCCGCCCAGGACCCUGAACUGCUGCGCGGGCUGAGCCUGGUCACCGGAGCUGCUGCGGAUGCGGGUGCUGCCCCGCCGGCUCCUGCGAGCCACGAGAAACCUGCAGCAGCCAGCUGUGAGGAGAAGCCCCAUGGAGUCACCGAGGUGCCAGAGAAGAUGUGCUGCUUGACCUGCGGGCAGGUGUUUGGGAGCCGGGAGGAGCAGACUGAGCACUACCGUCUUGACUGGCACCGCUUCAACCUGAAGCAGCGACUCCUGGGGCGCCGGACGCUGCCUGAGGAAGUGUUUGAGGAGAAAACCUGCACAGGUGAUGUUUCCAGCAUCUCAGGAUCCGACUCGGAUAGCUCUGAUGUGAGCAGUGAGUCAGAGUUGCUGCCCUCUGUCAGUGACAGUGGCCAGAGCCCCCAGAUUCCCCGCUCACACAAAGUGCUGCUCCGCAAUGCCAAGGGCCAGCUCAUCUCCGCCUACCGCUGUGUGCUGCUCACUGGGAAGGGUGACAUUGAGGAGCCGCUGGAGCUGACAGCAUCACUGCAGAGCCUCAGUGCAAGCACGUGCUGGGUCGUGCUGAUGAUGGGUGGCGGGCACUUCGCAGGAGCAGUGUUCCGGGGCCUGCAGGUGCAGGAGCACAAGACCUUCCACCGGUACACGGUGCGAGCGCGGCGGGGCACAGCACAGGGCCUUCGGGACGCCCAGACCCCGGGCUCAGCCCCCAGAUCCGCUGGGGCCUCCCUGCGCCGCUACAACGAGGCUGCUCUGCUCAAGGAUAUUCAGGACCUCCUGGCAGCCUGGGCACAGCACCUGAGUGAAGCUCAGCGCAUCUUCCUCCGGGCCCCUCAUCACAACCGUGCGCUGCUCUUUGGUGGCAGGAACCCUCCCCUCACCCGAGGGGACCCUCGCAUCUGCCACAUCCCCCUCAGCACCCGCAGGGCCACCCUGCGAGAGGUGCUGCGAGUCCACGCCGCGCUGGCCAGCCUGCAGGUGUACGGGAAGGACACGCCGCUGGAGGACAUCACUGGGUCCUCCAGGAAGGUCUGGCAGAAGAGGCAGCAGAAGGCAGAGGUGGAUCCCCCACAGGAGGACACAACUGCCCCAGAGGAGGAGGAGGAAGAGGAGGAAGAAAGCCCUGCAGGGGAACUGGAGACUGUGGAAGUGACACUGGGGACCUUGCACCUCCGGGAGUUCGAAGUGAUGCCCAAGCGAAACCGCAAGAGGAGGAAGAAGAGGGACAAGAAGGUGGAGAAAGGGCCUUGUGCUAAAGAGACUGAUGGGCAGCCUGGCUUGGAGGCAGUGACAGAGCUGCAGGGCGAGGCUGAGGCUGGGCUGCUUCCCUGGAGCAAUGGAGGAGACCCUCAGACCCAGCUCUGUGACGCUCUGUUCACUGCCUGCAAGACAGGGGAUGUGCAGACACUGCAGCACCUCCUGGGAGUGCCAGAGAAUGGGGGCCUGCCAGAGCACAGUGAGGAUGGGCAGUCUCUGGAUAUGGCCCGCUCCCUGCUGAACCAGCCCGUGGACGAGCAGGGCUGCACCCUGCUUCACGUGGCAGCACAGGCUGGCAGGGCUGAGGCUGUGUGUCUGCUGCUGGAGGCAGGAGCGGACCCUGCCCUCAGGGACAGGCAGGAGAGGACCCCAUACUGCAGUUCUGCUGACAGACGGACCCGCAAUGCCUUCCGCAAGUUCAUGGUGGCCCAUCCCGACAAGUACGACUACAGCCGUGCCAAGGUGCCAGGGCCCCUGACACAGGAGAUGGAGGCCAAGAAGCUGGAGAAGAAGCGGGCACAGAAAGCCCAGCGGAAGCAGCGGGAGCGAGCACAGCGGGAGGAGCAGCAGCGCCAGGAGCAGGAGCAGGAAAGGAAGCAGUGGUUUGCAGCCCUGUCUGACAGGGAGAAGAGGGCACUGGCUGCUGAGAGGAGGUUGGCUGCACAGCUGCAGGACACCAGCACGACUCCUGCCAACAUCAGGGGUUUCAGCUAUGUGGACCUGGUGGAGGGGCUGCGGGACGGGCGCUUCUACGCCCUGAAGCGCAUCCUGUGCCACGACAAGGAGGACCGCCAGGCUGCCCUGCACGAGGUGGAGAUGCACGGCCUCUUCGACCACCCCAACAUCCUGCGCCUGGUGGCCCACUGCAUGGUGGAGAAGGGCACCAAGCACGAAGCCUGGCUUCUCCUGCCCUAUGUGCAGGGCGGAACCCUCUGGAGAGAGGUGGAAGCACUGCGAGAGAAAGGCAGCUUCAUGCCAGAGCAGCGGAUCCUCCUCAUCCUCCAUGGGAUCUGCCGUGGGCUGCAGGCCAUCCACAGCAAGGGCUAUGCACACAGGGACCUCAAGCCCACCAAUGUGCUGCUGGAUGAGGAUGACCAGCCUGUGCUGAUGGACCUGGGCUCCAUGAACCAAGCUCGCAUCGAAGUCAACAGCUCUCGGGAGGCCAUGGCUGUGCAGGACUGGGCUGCCCAGCGCUGCACCAUCUCGUACCGUGCCCCCGAGCUCUUCACAGUGCCGAGCCAGUGUGUGAUAGACGAGCGUACGGAUAUCUGGUCCUUAGGCUGUGUGCUCUACUGCAUGAUGUUUGGAGAAGGUCCCUAUGAUGCCAUCUUCCAGAAGGGUGACAGUGUGGCUCUGGCGGUUCAGAACCCCCUCACGUUGCCCUCCACGACCAGACACUCGGCUGCCUUGCAACGCCUGCUCUUCUCCAUGAUGACAGUGAACCCCCAGGAGAGACCCAGCAUAAAUGAAAUCAUCCACCAGCUGGAGGGGCUGCAGCCAGCACCAGCAGGGCAGGACACCACACAGAUCUGAGCCCAUCCCCUUCCAGUGGUGACACGUCCUGAGGCUGAGCCAGGGGAAAAGCAGCUGCCCUAAUCCCUGCUGCCCUGCAGACCUGUUGCAGAGGGGAUUGAUGCCCUGGGGGAG